GUCCAGUCAUUUCCCUGAUUGUUUUCAACAGUGCCGUUCUGCAGCUGGUCGAGUGUACAUCGAAGAAAAAAAACUCCGAACAAAGAGACCCUGUUCCCUGAGGAAAACUACACACAAAGGAUUGGCUGAAGUUGAUCCUGGCGAUAGUUUCUGGAGAAUAAUUGUCCAAUUAUUCUUCGCUACGACAUUUUUUCAGAACCACCGAUUGCCGCAGGCCUACUUUUUAGUGCGUACAAAUUUCGGGUCACUCCCGAAAGAAACCAUUAAACAUGAUGGACAGUUCCAAUCAAACUGAACCCGGACCGUCGUCCUCUCCACCGCCGACUCCGACAAAAAAUGAUCCACAACAGGAAGAGGGCUCGUCUACAAAUCAACCGACGGCUCCUCUGGAGCCACAGAACCCGAGACUGCUUUCGUCACUGUACAGUUUCCUAGUUAUCGUCAGCAUUUUUCUAGUAGGCUUUGCUGCGUUUCGAAACACGUUGACAUGGCAUCUACAACGCUUCUGGGGUGCAUCGGGUGAACUCUGGCAAUCUCAGUGGGAUCGGUUCAUCGACUUCACAGGUGAGGAUCCGGCCACCCUUUGGGUACUAAGCACAACCAUUUUCACCAUGUUCGUGUACUGGUUUUUCGGAGGUAUCUACACCAUGUUCGACGUGACCUGUAAGCCGGCUUGUAUUCGACGGUAUAAAAUGCAACCGGGUACCAACGAGCCGGUUGAUCGGACCCGCCUGCUGAAGGUCAUCGCGACGGUUCUGAUGAAUCAAACCGUCGUCGGAAUUCCGAUGGCCGUCGUAAUGUAUCAGGCAAUGCGCCUACGUGGUCUGAACGAUCUUCGCGAGCUGCCUACUUUCCAUUGGGUGUUGGCGGAACUGGCUUUUUGUAUCUUCAUCGAGGAGAUUGGGUUCUACUAUGCUCACCGGUUGCUGCAUAAUCGGUACAUCUACAAGUUCAUCCACAAACAGCAUCAUGAGUGGACUGCACCGAUUGCCAUUACCGCCAUCUACUGUCACCCGAUUGAGCACGUUUUCAGCAACCUGGUGCCACCGUUCCUGGGCAUCUUCAUGCUCGGCAGUCACGUGGCCGUAGCCUGGUUGUGGUUCACGCUGGUUAUCCUGUCGACGCUGAAUGCCCACUCCGGGUACCAUUUGCCGUUUUUCCCCAGCCCGGAAGCGCACGAUUUUCAUCAUUUGAAAUUCAACCAAUGUUUCGGAAUACUCGGCGUACUGGAUCGUCUCCACGGAACGGACACUCUCUUCCGUAAUACCAAGGCCUACGCCCGGCACAUCAUGAUGCUAAGCUUCAUGCCAGCACGGGAAGCUUUCCCGGAACCGGCGAAGAAGGCCUUCUAAAGCUAAACCAUCGGUAUGACCGUUAGUUACCUACCCCAUAAAUGAAUAGAAUACUACUUACUACAGUCAUAACAGCAAGCAGUUUAUCUCAAAUUCGAUGUUUUUCGGCGGCAAAUAACGCAAAACACUGCUGGAAAGUGUUAACAUCACUAAGAAGACGUGAGUAUGUAGGAUUAGUUACGCGCACACAAAUAAACAUGCAUUGAUCUGCGGCACACAUUGAAAGCACCAAUAACUCCUUAAAUAUGACAAGGUAGACCACCUGAAACCAGUUGUCCUAUCUUGUCCGAGCACCUAAGUAAAUAAUCUAACUCAUAAAAAAACACACACAUACGCAUACACUAAAUGAGACUGUGAUGAACAGCAAGAUGGCGCCUAUCUCUACCAAGACAGAGAGUAAGUAAAAGUGAGAGAGAAAGAACUGAUGGUUUUCACGCCCCCCUUCCCACAAAAAAGAACUUAAGUAGCACUCCCUCUAGAAUAAGUACAUGUUCAUCUAAAGAAACACACAAACACACACACUAACUAAAACGCAUUCUUCUGAUAAGCAUAUAUUAACCGGUAUGUCAUUCACUGGUACAAACCUAUAUAUUUUCAACGGAUUUAGCAUACGGAAUAUAAUGAAUAAUCUUCUCUGUGUAAAAA